AUGGAAGACCAUGAGCCAGAUUGGAACUUUGCCUCGUGGACGCGCACCACCGCCUCCACUACCACCUCUCCACUAGGGAAGAGGGUGUUCUCAGGAGCUCCUCCGCAAGCACCACCGAGAAUGUCGCCACUCGUCCCGAAGCUGGUGUUCUCGAGCACCAUUAUUAGCUCCAGACAGCUUCCCCAACCCCUUUCGGAAUCGGCGGAACCGAUCAAGGAGAUGGCUUUCGUGACAUUUUUAAUGCCUUGCAAAACUGUCAACUUAUCGACACAGCAAGAGGGGAAGCUGAGGAUCUACCAGAACAUACUGUACCACUUUCUUGGGACAUCUUAUGCAACCCAAACCAAGCUGAAGCGAGUGGAAGUGGAAGCAAAAGAAAGAGCAAUAUCGAAAUGGAUGAUCAGCGACAAUGCAAAAGCGCCGGACACAGUGGCGAGCGGGUUUGAAUUCGGAUAUUAUCGUGACGCUGAUCGUGGGAUGCGCGAAAAAUUGGAGGAUCAAAGGAAGGCUAGGGUUAGAAGGACGCGUUCUGCGGAACAGCACGACAUGUCUGAGAGGAAACGGAGGGGCCGAAUCAAGGACAAGAUCAAGACGCUUCAGCAACUCAUACCCAACUGCAGCAAGUCCGACAGAGCUUCAGUGCUAGACGAUGCCGUUAAAUACCUCAAAAGAUUGAAGCUCCAAGUUGAAAUGUCAGCCAUGGGAGCCGCGGGAGGAGCUUUGACCCUCAAUCCAUACAUGUCACCGGCAAUAUCGGCGACCGGGAUUGAUAACAUGAAUCAAGGUUCUGGAUAG